AUGGCCACCGAGGUGCAAAAAAGUCCGGUGUCGAUGAUCGACCCAUCGCAGCUCCUCCGUCCAGAGCCGACGUUCAACGACAAGCCAAUCGACGCGUUUCGAGACUACUCCGUGGAUGAUGCUGAUCCCAUCAAAGAGCGCGUGCGCAGGACUUACUUCACGAUGCACACCAACGUCACCGUGGAUUUGGUUAAGCAGAAACGCGAGAAAUGGUUGAAAUUCAACCACUUCAAGUCAACGGUGAAGGAUGCGUUGAUCAAGUUGAACGAGUUGGUGGAUGAAUCGGACCCCGACACGGAUUUGCCAAAUAUCGUGCAUGCCUUCCAGACCGCUGAACGCAUCCGCCAGGAUCAUCCCGAUGAGGACUGGUUUCAUCUCACUGGAUUGAUACAUGAUUUGGGCAAGGUAAUGGCAUUCUAUGGCGAGCCGCAGUGGUGCGUGGUGGGCGACACGUUCCCUGUCGGCUGCAGGUGGGCUGACUCCAUCGUAUACGGACCUGAGAGCUUCAAAGAUAACGCGGACACUUACAAUCCAAAAUAUAACACAAAGUACGGAAUAUAUCAGCCGCACUGCGGACUGGACAACUUGUUGAUGUCCUGGAGCCACGACGAGUACCUCUACCAGUUCCUGCUUCACAACAAGUCCAAGUUGCCUGAAAAAGGGCUUUACAUGAUAAGGUACCACUCCUUCUACCCGUGGCACGCCGGCGGGGACUACCGCCAUCUAACCAACGAAAAGGAUGAACAGAUUCUUCAGUGGGUGCUGGAGUUUAAUAAAUACGAUCUCUAUACCAAGAGUGAGAAUGUACCAGAUAUUGAGGCUCUGUGGCCCUACUACGAAGAACUUAUCGAAAAAUACAUUCCCGGAGUCUGGGACUUUAAUAUGAGCGGCAUAUCUUGGGAACCUUACGCCAGCAAAGACCAGGACAACUGUCUUGUGCCAUCUGGGCAUCUACAGAAAUGUAUUACUGUGGAUCAAUAUGGGUUUAUGGCUAAAAGAUCAACUAACACAAACUUAGUCCUAUUCACAUCGGAACUUAAAGAGGCGGUCAAUCAUAAUACUCAAGUAGAUGUUAUUUAUACCGACUUCUCAAAGGCCUUUGACAAAGUCAACCAUGCCCUACUUAUUAAAAAAUUAGAAGCCUUUGGAAUCUCCGGCAAUCUGCUGUAG